GCCGUGCAUGCAGGCGUGGGCUAUAGUUCCUGAAGCUUCGGGCUGUCGCUGCAUUUUCUGAUAUCGCUGCCUCUGACCACUGAAAGGGAUCUUGAGAAGUGAUGUGCAUCUCCAGGCUGCCAGCUGUCCUCCUCUUCCUCUCCCUGGCACUAAGCCACUUGAGAGCUACGCCUGUCGGAAGUAGUGCCAACCCUCAGAUGGACAAACGGAAGUGCAACACAGCCACGUGUGCUACACAACGCCUGGCAAACUUUCUGGUUCGUUCCAGCAACAACCUUGGUCCAGUCCUCCCACCAACCAACGUGGGAUCAAAUACGUAUGGCAAGAGGAAUGCGGCAGAGGAUCCAAACAGGGAGUCCUUGGAUUUCUUACUCCUUUAAAGUUAACAUGCUUCUAUAUCUCUUAUUAUUUUAUGUGUAAUUGCUCUGGUGAUUUUCUGAAUAAUGUAGCAAUGCCCUUGCCAUUCCCCACACUGGGAAUGCACCAUGUGCCUGUGCUUGCUGACUGCGAGUGUAAAUUCUCCUGCUAAGAAUUGCUUUAAACUGAGUGUUGAUCAAGGUCAGAGUGAACACAAUGUCUCUAAUCACAACUUGUUUGUGCUCUAUGUUUAUAUUUUAGAAACACUUAGAAUUUCUGUUGUAACUCUAUGACUCAAGUUCAACAAUAAAGAAGACCAUGGGAUCAUAAAACUUGACAAGUCAUUAACAGCUAAUAUUAAAUUUCUGAUUCUAGACAUUGGAAAAAGAAGCAUUCUACAUGCCUGCUCAGAUGGUAUUUCAAAAUGAAUCAGCAAAAUCUUCUUAUUUAAUUAAAAUAUUUUAAUUCUA